AUGUCCUCCAUGUUUGAGAAUAUUAGUAAGAAUUUGGUCAAAGAGCUCGGAGACAAAGACCUGACACCUGUGAAACACCUGCUGGACGCCAACAAAUUCCGUCAGUUUGCAAUUUUACGGAAGAAAAAGAAGACUCUCUCACAGUUCUGGGAACUACCUGAUAUUCCAGUAGAAUACACCCUCAUGGACAUCCUGGAGCCAAGUUCUUCAGUCCCAGAAACUGUUAUCAAGGGACCAUUUAUCUUCAGUGACACCAUGUUCCGGAAGUACAAGGCUUCUGCAGGUGUGACUGCCAUGCUAGAAACGAAUGUGUCAGGGGAAGCUACUAAGUGCCAUGAAACCUUCCUCCAGUUUCACGCUGUUACCUUCCCACCCCAAAACUGGAAUGACCUUCUAAAGAGGAAAGUGUUGGAUCAGGAGCUGCUGUUUCUGAGGAAGUGCCGGGGCAGAGAUGACAAUCUCUAUGUGGUGACAGAGGCCGUGGAACUGAUCAACAGCACUGUGCUGCAUGACAGCAGCAGUGUGAACGUUUUGGGAAAAUGCUUUAUCCCUUGGAUGACUUCUGUCAAGGGUCAAGGCCAGGGAGAGGGUCUCAAAGUGAGAGAGAAGAUGUUGACUCUGCCAGAGGGCACCGUGAUCGCCUAUAAGAAGAAGCAGCUGAUUUUCGAGAACAAUGAUAUCCUCAUCUCAGAUGAUGACACGCAGAAAACCUUUCCAGAAGAGAGAAUGCUACGAAAGGUGAAGACAUCAAAUUUCAAGCAACUACAUGAGGAGAUUUUCCAGGAAAUGGAGGCCUUGGCCCAGCUCUCAAAGGACACUCAGGAUUCUAUAUUCCAUACUAUCCUGAACAUGCUUGGGAACCGAGAGGCUCUGCAGAACCUCACGGACACGCUGGAUGGGAGCCCCUUAGAUCUUUUGGAUGACUUUGGGGGCACAAUCCUAAAUGAGAUGCAACCGGACACAAGAGACCUAUGGAUCCAGGCAAGAUUCCACAUCAUCUACCUCCUUGAAGCCAUAAUGGUGUUGAGUGACACCCAACAUGAUCUGCUGGCCCAGUCCAUGGAAAAGAGGAUCCUGCUCCAGCAGCAGAAGCUGGUAAGGAGCAUCCUGGAGCCCAACUUCAAAUACUGCUGGGACAUCCCCUUUACCCUCAAACCCGAGCUCCUUGCCCCACUCCAGGGUGAGGAUUUGGCCAUCACCUAUGGCCUCCUGGAGGAGUGUGGGCUGAAAAUGGAACUGAAUAGCCCCAGGUCAACCUGGGAUCUGGAAACCAAGCAGCCCCUGUCUGCCCUGUAUGGGACCCUGUCGUUGCUGAAGCAGCUGGCAGAGAAUUCCUGCAUGGGACUCAGCCUGGAGGCCUGGACGGCCUGCCACUGUCCUUGGUACAGCCAGCCGGGGCCUCAGAUCCAGGGUCAGAGCCACAUGGUCAAAGAGAAGACAGAGACCAUCCCCCAGGGCACCAUCUCGGCCUACAGGGUGCUUCAGCUAGUAAUCAAAGAGAACUGCUGGGCUAUUCUGUACCUGCCUGAAGGAAAGCUCGGUCAGAGCUUUCCUGUCUGUGGAGAGCUGCUCACAGCCCCCCAGGCCCUGCAGGAGCUCAAGGACAUGCUGGAAAAGGCCCUGGACACUGGGGUGCUGGGACAGCUUGGUGGCCCUGGGGGCUUCAUCCUAAGUACUCUCUGGAACCCCUCAGGCAGACUGUUGGCCUUGAAAGGCAGGGCCAUCCUCUGCAUUCUUGGAGCUCUCCUGGGGCUGCAGAUGCCGGCCGACCCCGCCGUGUAG